AUGGAUCUGGACAGCCUCCUGGAUUUAGAGGAGGGCUUCUACGCCGAGGGCUACGAGCUUGGAGUCACAGACGGCCAACGAGCGGGGUACAAUGAAGGGAGCAUUUUUGGUAUAGAGAAGGGAUUCGACAAGUUCCAGGAGAUGGGUCGGCUAUAUGGCAAGGCAAUAAUUUGGGCAAAAAGGUUACCCGGAGAGCAUGGUCUUCUCCACAGCUCGAGGACUGUGAACGGCGCUUCUCAGGGCCCAGGAGGCAGCCCCAAGAGCGCCGCAUGCAUUGUGCAUCUGCCCGACCUCCCGUCGAAUCCUCGACUAGAGAAGCACCUGACAUCUUUUCUCUCGCUAGUUGACCCAUUAACGUUACCGAUGGAAAACACAGAGGACGCAGUCGCCGAGUUUGACGAGAGGUUGAAGAAAGCAGCAGUGAAGGCCAAAAUUAUAGAAAAGAUACUGGGAGAAUCAAAUUCUGAACUAGAAAGAGGAAAGUCUGGGAUUUCGAACCCGACCACUGGCUUCAGCAACAUUGAGGAUGUGGGAGCCAUGCCGCUUAGAAUGGUGCAGGGACCGUGA